CGAUGACUGAAGGUCUAGAACCUGCCCCAUCUGCCCGAGUCUGGACUCUCCAAGUACUCAGUACCUUUCCUCUAGCUGUGCCCGCCAUACUCUGGCCGAGUACCCGCUACGUCCGCCCCCAUUUUCUCGUCCUCCCCUUACUCUCAUUCUUCAACUCGUCGACUCCCUCCUCAUCAACACAGUCCUCCUUCGAUCCUUCUUGCGCUUCAUUCAAUCCUUCAUCGUCAUCCUCCACCGACCAUCAUCGCUCUCCUUCCUCCGCUGCUCCCUUCCCACCCUCUCCUCCCUCCGUCUGCUCCCCACUCUAGUUAGCUCGGAACUCUUCAUAUGCCGUCCGCUGUCGCUCUCCGCCCUCCCGACCGGAACGACUGGAUUCACUGGAUGCAUUCACAGCAGUGCAAUGGACGGCGUGGGCUUGCAACUGCCCUCCUAGAUGAUCGGAAUAUGCAUACCUCCCGCGCAGCCUUGAAAAUUGAUACCGACCGUCGAUUCUCCCACCACACCGUGCCCGACUUAACCAACGAGGGCCCCAGUCCAGCCAAGCUCCGCCGACGAGCAUCCCAAGGAUCCCUGCGCACCAAGCCAUCACCCGUAUCCCGCUUUCUAUCCAAAAGCAGCGUGGCCGUCCACUUUCCUUCCUGGGACCAACGCAGUUCCUCUCCGGUCCUGUCAUCGCGAAAUCGCUCGGCUGAUUCCCGACUGCGCUUGUCCACCACCGUAUCUCGUGGGCCGAAACCGUUGACGGCUCAUACCCGUUCUCCUUCAGUAUCUUCAUCGCCCUGGAAUUCUCCCCCCUCUUCUUUUCCGUCGGAUUACCCGUCUACUUUGCCGCCUACGCCGCCGGAGGACGAUAGCCACAUCGCGUGGAAUCCCCAGUCGGAGAUGCUACUGUUUGAUGAUCAACCGCACCGGGAGGCCGGCUCUUCGGCCCUGAUGGAUGAGGGUUCCGGGAUAGGCACUUCGUCAACGGGUCGUUCUGACACUUUGAGCAGUCCGUCUGACGGGUCUACUCGUGGAUCUUUGAGCUCUGGCGGUAGCCCGGGUCCUCAGGACGAAAUGGAUUUGCAACAGGAUGUAGGAUCGUGGCUGGACCAUGGUAUCAAUGCGACUGUAUCUUCAUUGGGGAUGUCUAACCCGCGAGGCGAAGCUGUCAAGAUUGUCUCGCAAACACUUCCAUACCCACGACCUUCCGACCAGUCGAUUUCUGUUCCAAGGAACGACAGCAUCUUCUACUCCAUUGUCCGAGCUGUGCACAACCACCUGCAACCGGGCCACUCCCCAUAUAUUAAUGUCACACACGCCGUCCCCGAGCAAUUCAGCCUCUCCAACCUCCCCCACUCUCCUCCCAGUACCCCUCGCUCUCCCACGGCUGCCGAUGCGUACUUCAACGCAUCCGUCUUCUCCAGCGCUGCCGUUGUAGGUGCCUACCAUGACUAUCGUGGGCCCAUCCAACGGCAGAUUGCACAUGCUCCGAUGCCCAUUGUCCCACCCCACAGUGUUCAUAUUUCCGUUCUUGAGCGGUACCUUCCUCCACCAUCUGCUCAAGAGUACCGUGAUGUCUUUUGCGCUACUCGACCAUCCUUCCUGGUGGAUCGUCUUUGUGAGCUCUCCCCAGACGGUGGCUCUCUUCUCUUUGUCUAUCCCACCAAGAAGGGUGCCUCGACUUUCAAGUCCCAAUACUUGGGUCCACUUCUUGACCCCCUUCUGCGCCAGCUGGUCGUAGUCAAUGGUCUGUCUGCCGAUGUGGGCCGCUAUCUGGGUAAACUCUCCACUGUCUCUAUGAUGGACGACUUUGCCACGAUGAAGGCCAACAUUGUUGCCCUCUGUGAGGAUCUGAGUUCUUCAUCCUCGCAGUUCCACGUUGCGGACGCCGGCAAGGCCAGCGUUCAUCUGGACCGUGAUCUCUGGGUGGAAUGGUAUAUCCAUCAAGAGAAGGCCCGGAUGAAGGAGGUACUGAGCCUGUACUGCCAGAAUGGCCGCCGUCCACCGGUCAACAAGGCCCUGGCUAACAGUGGCUCCGGCGGUCUCAUGCCUGACAAAGAGGUUACCUCUUCCAUGCUUCUCAGUGAGAUCUUCGACGGCAUUCGCAAGCGCCACUAUGGCGAGGACAAUGAGCCUCAGGGUGGUGUUGAGCUGGGUGUCUUCGUGAUCCGACGCACCCACUCAUGAACCUCCUUUUCUACCCUCAAUACCUAUCACCGCUUUCCCGAUAUAUUCAUCUCUCCUACUCCUACCCUUUCUUAUACACAUAUCAAUUUUUUAAAGCGCAACCAAAAUGUUUCUUUCUUUCUUUCUUUCCCCGGCGGCCUCGGUGCGAGGCUGCAACGAAUGUCAUACUGGACCCUGGCGAGUGGUUCUUGGAGUUGGAUGUCUGUCUUUUCUUAUCUCGUUGCCUUAUUUUCCCGGGCUCGAGUUUUUGGUGCUUUCCCCCCUUCCUCUUGCAUUUUCCCCUGGUUGGAUUGAAGCGAACGUGAAUACCCAUGAUGUUGGUCCUUGUUUUCUUUUCUGUGGCAGAUGGAGAUGAAGGUUUCGGUUGUUGGAUCCCUGGUAAUGGAUAUAGCGACAAAAAAUACAUGAUGAAAUUGAGUAUAUGUGAA